AUGGCAAAGUUAGUCCGGUACAAUCGCUUAUGCUACAAUCAACUGCGACCAUUACAUUCGAAUAAUUUGAGUGUUCCAAUUAUAAAUUUAGAAACGGAAAAGAAGGCGUUCCAAGAUAUCCUACCAGAAUUUAUUGACAAUGUUAUAACUCGGCCGAAGAUAAAACAGCUGCCUCAAGUCGCGACAUGGAUGAAACAGCUCUUAGAAUACACAUUAACUGGAGGAAAGCUGGGCAGAGGAUUGAUGGCGUCCACAGGGUACAAAAUGUUUGAAGAUCCUGACCAGUUCUCGGAAAAAACACAACACUCUGCUCGGCUCCUAGGCUGGUGUGUAGAAAUGUUGCACACAUCACUAAUAGUAUUUGAUGAUGUCUUGGAUGGCGGGACAGUGCGACAUGGCAAGCCAAGUUGGCACCUGCGACGUAGUGUCGGCAAUCACGCUUUUACCGACUCGAUGUUGAUACACCAUGCCAUGAUGGACAUAAUAGAAAUGUACUUCGGGAAAACGCCCUUCUAUAAUACUAUGUCUAGUUAUUUUCAUGAGGCAUCGUACCGAACCACUAUUGCCGAGCACAUGGACCUGUGUUCAAGCUACAAUAAGGACACGGACAAUAUAGACAUAUUCACCAUGAACCACCUCCAUGACAUAGCCGUUUACAAAUCAGCCUACUAUUCCUUCAAGUUGCCAAUAUUUGCUGCACUGCUUCUAGUGAAGAAUGGACAGAACCUAGCUACUACAGAAUUACACGAGUUUUGUAUGGAAUUAGGAAUAUUGAUGCAAGCCCAGGAUGAUUACUUAGACGCUUUUUGCAACGAGACGGUCACGGGCAAAAAUGGCAGAGAUAUCCAGGAAGGAAAAUGCACUUGGUUCUCAGUUACAAUGCUGCAGCGCUGCAACUCCGCUCAACUUGCGAUUUUCAAAGAAUACUACGGCAGCAAUGACUUAGAAGAUGUGAAGCGGAUCAAGCAGCUUUAUGAUGAACUGAACCUGCGUGAUGUGUAUGAACAAUAUGAACACAAAAUGUAUGAAGAUCUAUUGCGUCGAAUAAACGAGAUGCCCCAUGCAGGGGGGAGAACUCUACUCACGGGAAUAUUAAAUUCAUGUUAUAAAAGAGUUAAAUAA